CCGCCCGCAGACGCUCGGAACUACGGACCCGAGAGCUGCCCCGAGAGCGCCGGCGGCGGGAGCGAGUGGGUCGCGCGGGCCGAGCCGGGCCGGGGGCCGUGUGGGGGCCGGGCGGCGGCCGGGCCGGCGGGCGGCGGGAUGGGCUGCACGGUGAGCGCCGAGGACAAGGCGGCGGCCGAGCGCUCCAAGAUGAUCGACAAGAACCUGCGGGAGGACGGCGAGAAGGCGGCGCGGGAGGUGAAGUUGCUGCUGUUGGGUGCUGGGGAGUCGGGGAAGAGCACCAUCGUCAAGCAGAUGAAGAUCAUCCAUGAGGACGGCUACUCCGAGGAAGAAUGCCGGCAGUACCGGGCGGUUGUCUACAGCAACACCAUCCAGUCCAUCAUGGCCAUCGUCAAAGCCAUGGGCAACCUGCAGAUUGACUUCGCUGACCCCUCCCGCGCGGACGACGCCAGGCAGCUGUUUGCGCUGUCCUGCACGGCCGAGGAGCAGGGCGUGCUCCCCGAGGACCUGUCCGGCGUGAUCCGGAGGCUCUGGGCCGACCACGGCGUGCAGGCCUGCUUCAGCCGCUCCCGGGAGUACCAGCUCAACGACUCCGCUGCCUACUACCUGAACGACCUGGAGCGCAUCGCACAGAGCGACUACAUCCCCACCCAGCAGGACGUGCUGCGGACCCGGGUGAAGACCACGGGCAUCGUGGAGACACACUUCACCUUCAAGGACCUGCACUUCAAGAUGUUCGACGUGGGCGGCCAGCGGUCUGAGCGGAAGAAGUGGAUCCACUGCUUCGAGGGCGUGACAGCCAUCAUCUUCUGCGUGGCCCUGAGCGCCUACGACCUGGUGCUUGCGGAGGAUGAGGAGAUGAACCGCAUGCACGAGAGCAUGAAGCUGUUCGACAGCAUCUGCAACAACAAGUGGUUCACGGACACGUCCAUCAUCCUCUUCCUCAACAAGAAGGACCUGUUCGAGGAGAAGAUCACUCACAGCCCCCUGACCAUCUGCUUCCCCGAAUACACAGGGGCCAACAAGUACGAGGAGGCAGCCGGCUACAUCCAGAGCAAGUUCGAGGACCUGAACAAGCGCAAGGACACCAAGGAGAUCUACACACACUUCACGUGCGCCACCGACACCAAGAACGUGCAGUUCGUGUUCGACGCCGUCACUGACGUCAUCAUCAAGAACAACCUGAAGGACUGCGGCCUCUUCUGAGGGGCAGCCGACCUGGCAGGACGGGCCGCCGCCGAAUCUGCUCCCCCAGUUCCUAAGGAAGAUGGGGGCAAGAGGACCACGCCCCCCACCUGCCCUCCCCACCGCUUCCCCCCUCUCUCUGUUCUUGGCUCCCCCUGUUGCCUCCCUCAGCUCCCAAGACUUGGGGAAGGGGGUGCCACAGGCUUCCCUGUCCGAAGCCUGCCCUUGUCCCAGGUGCUGGGAACAGCUGGGUACCCCUUUCCUGGGCAUCUGUCUGUUCUGGAUUUGGCCCUUGUCUUGUUCUGUGGUGGGGGAGGGGCACUCACUCCUCCAGCCUGGGACCCCGGCUUCACCCAGCCCCAGCCCCUGGCCCAGCCCAAGGCCAGAUGUUUACAGGGAGCCUCCUGCCCCCACCCCCACCCCAGCCGCUCGGAGGCCCCAAGGAAAAGCACAAGACGCGUGAGACACCACCAUUCCUGGAGACCACAGUCCACCGCUCGUUCUCGUAGCUUUUUAAAAAAACGAAAGGAAAAAAAACCACGCAAACUUAGAAACUUUUUAGAGGAAAAAGUAUUUAAAACUGUCCGAUCCUGACCAGCUCCCCCAGCCCCAUUCGAGCGACGCCGUGCCUUGAGUGUGUCCGUGUGUUUACACCCGCCCUGCUGGCUGCCCCUGUGCGGCCCCCCUGCCCCACACCGUCGGGUCCAAGGGCUGCCAGCUUCACAGAGGCCUGUCCCAGGGCCACCGGCUCCAUUAACCUCCAUGUAGCCCUUCCCGCUAACCUAGGAACCACCGCUGCCUGCCGAGGGGCCGCGCCCCUCGUGCCCUCCCCCAGGUCGGGUCCUUCAGCGUUGAACACUUCCUUGCUUUUUUCACGUUUUCGGGAAUUGUUCACCUGGUUUGAAAUAAUAAAAUGUAGAAAGAAAAACACCAA